CGGAAACAAGGUACACUCCCUUGGAAAAAUGUGUUUUGGCGGUGGUAGUAACUGUCAAGAGGUUAACUCCCUAUUUCCAAGCUCACCCAGUGAGAAUCAUGACGGACCAGCCUUUGGGAGCCGUUUUGAGGGACCCGUCUUCUUCAGGAAGGGUCAUUAAGUGGGCCAUGGUCCUCUCUCAAUAUGAUAUUUCUUACCAGCCCCGUUCUAGCAAAAAGGGCUAAGUCAUUGCCGAUUUUAUGGUGGAGUGCACAGCAAGAGGGAAACCAGAAGAGGAUGGGACCGGUCAGGAGAGAAAAAAGGAAUUAUGGGAGAUUCAUUCAGAUGGAUCCUGCACUAAAGACGGUUCAGGAGGAGGAGCGGUCCUCACCUCCCCUGAAGGCUUCAAGGCUUAUCAUUCCUUUAAGUUCACAUUUCGGGCCACCAACAACGAAGCAGAAUAUGAGGCCCUCAUUGGAGGAAUCCAGAUUGCCCUAUUCAUGAAGAUAAAGCACAUCCGCCUUAAAUCCGAUUCAAAAUUGGCCAUCGGGCAGCUAAAAGGAGAGAUGGAGGCCAAGGAAGGAAGGUUGAAAAGAUACAGGGACUGCGCCAGGACUCUACUUGGA